AUGUCGAGCUGGGUAUACCAGGCUACAAAAGCAGAGCUGGUAGAAUACGCGAGUGAAUUCGGCGUAGACCCAAGCGGAGGAUCAAGGGAGCUAAGACAAAGACUGUCAACAUACACGAAGAGCACGGAGCACACAGAGGAGAUCAGGACAAGAUUAAUGGAGGUAUCAAGCAAGUACAAGAAGAUGGAAAUACCGGGUGGAGGGGCCCAGGUCGAGCCGGACAGCAAAAGGACAGCCACGAAAGAGGAGACUCAGAGCAUGGGAGACAGGAGGAAAGUGGAAUCUCUGGACAGAGUAAGAAGUUGGGGAAUACGAUACCAGGGCACAUCCAACCCACUGGAGUUCCUAGGCAAGAUGGAAGAAUGGGCCACAGGAUAUGGCAUAGACAAGGAUGAAUUGGUACAAACGAUGCCUUUUAUCUUGGAAGGCGCCGCAGAAGACUGGUGGAAUACGACGCCAAGUCGGGUAAGAACAUGGGAAGAAUUGAGAGGGGAACUCCUAGAGUACUUCCUACCACCAAGGUACCAGGAGCAACUGGAUUUAAAAAUCGGACAACUCCGGCAGAAAGAAGGGGAACCCACUCGGGCAUAUGCAAUGGAGCUGAGGAAGCUGAUGAGGUUCACCAGUUACUCAGAAAAAGAAAAACUGGAUAGGAUAUACAAGAACUGUCGGAGCAAAAUAAAGCUUUAUGCACAAAGAUCAGGUUUUGCAUCACUGACAGAGUUCCUAACACUAGCAGAGGAGGUGGAGGAAAUCGAGGCGACGGAAAAUCAGGGUCACCCGGCAGAGACAAGGAGCCACGGACUAAGGCCGGAGAUCUGUAUGAGGUGUGGAGGAACAGGACACGCCACAAGGGCGUGCGGCAACCCUCCAAGGUUAUUCUGCUGGGUGUGCGGGAGAAACGAGCGGAGGACAACCGAAUGUUGUAGAGCCCGGCCGGACGUCAACAGGAGGCUGGAGCAGGCGACUCUGGCAGUACAGGACCGAGCACUAGGACCGGCAGGAAGAGGAGGGAUAAGCUACGAUGGAUUCCAGGCAACGGCAGAGGUAAGGAUCGGAACGAAAAGGGCGAAGGGAAUAGUGGACACCGGGGCAUCAAGAAGCGUGAUCGACCAGGGAAGUUAUCGAAGCCUAAGGAAGCAGGGUAGAUGGAACGAGGAAAGGGAGGAAAUAACCCUGGCAAACGGAGCAAGACAAAAGGUAAUGGGGAGUUUCGCCACGCUCGUCCAGUUCGGGAGCAAGCGAUUCAAGCUAAGUUUCUUGAUCCUGGACCAAGUGACAGGAGGAAUGCUGCUGGGGAUGGACUUCUUGGCAAAAGUAGGAACGAUAAUACGAUGCGACCAUCAGGAAAUAACCAUCAGAGAGCCUCAGGAGGAACAAAAACGGAAACAGCGGGAGGAAGCAGGAAUAAAAACGGAGCCAUCCGAGGAGGAGAUCCGGACAUUCCUGGAGGAACAAAUGAUGGUGUUUGAAAGGAUGAAGGGAUGCAGUACGAUCGCAACACACACAAUAUACAUGAAGGACGAAAGACCAGUGAAACAACGCUAUUACCCGCGCAACCCAAAACAGCAAGCCAUUAUAAACGAACAGGUAGACGAACUAUUGGACCAGGGGCUGAUAGAACCCUCACGAAGCUCAUACAGCGCGCCGGUAGUCUUGGUACGGAAGAAAAACAACGAAUGGAGAAUGUGUGUGGACUACAGGUUACUAAACGAGAAAACGGAGAAAGACGCAUACCCGGUACCAAGGAUGGAUUUCAUAUUAAACCAACUCCGGGAGGCCAAGUUCAUUAGCACAAUCGACCUGAAGGCAGGGUAUUGGCAAAUACCAAUGGACGAGGAUAGUAAGCAGUACACUGCAUUUACGGUACCAGGACGAGGGCUGUUCCAAUGGAAGGUGAUGCCAUUUGGUCUCACCACGGCACCGGCAACGUUCCAAAGAGCCCUGGAUACCAUCAUAGGGCCAGAAAUGGAGCCGUUUGCAUUCGCAUAUCUGGAUGACAUCGUGGUAAUUGGAAGGAAUAAGCGGGAGCACCUGGAGAAGCUACAGGAGGUGUUUAGGCGGCUCCAAGCGAACCUAAAAAUCAACGCGGAAAAAUGCCAUUUCUUUCAAAAAGAGCUAAGGUAUCUGGGACAUAUCGUAACCGAUCAAGAAAUACAGACAGACCCGGAUAAAGUGGCAGCCAUAAGGGAACUACCAACGCCAGGCACAACCAAGGAAGUCCACAGCUUUUUGGGAAUGGCGUCAUGGUACAGGAAAUUUAUACCGGGGUUCUCGGAACAGGCAGACCCACUCCAAGAACUAAUACGGAAAGGGAGAAAGUUCGACUGGCAACCUCGACAUCAGGCAGCAUUUGAUCAAAUAAAGACCAGCUUAACACGGGCACCGGUGUUAGCAUGUCCCGAUUUCACUAGGCAGUUCGUGUUACAAACAGACGCCAGCGACUUCGGGAUAGGGGCAGUGCUGACGCAGGAGAACCCAGAAGGGGAACGAGUGAUAGCAUAUGUGAGCAGGAGGUUGAACCAAGCGGAGCGGAACUACAGUGCCACCGAAAAAGAAUGUCUCGCUAUAUAUUGGAGGAGGAAGCCCAGGGGCAAACAACAGAGCCUGCUGGUGCCGGAAGGGGCACGAACGUGGAAUAUGCUCUUCGGCAGAGGCCGAAGAGUCACUAUCCGGCAGGCGAACCGAAGGCAGCCGGAGGAGGCCCGUCGACAGGACACCACAGGAGGGCAGCGACGUGGGGACGAUAUGAGCGGCGUCGAGUGGCAGAUCCAGGCGGGAGUCCACCUGCUCCCAACCACCCAGGCCCACAUCCGGGAGCGUUGGGCCGGGUUGCGGUUUGGACAGCACCGCAGCGUCCUGGUGCCCAAUGGGAAGUCACCCUCCAGGUCAUCUUCGGGCGAGGCCGCCGCAUCAUGA